UUUCGGCUGCUACGAUUGGUCAGCAAUCUGAGAGUCUCCUAUCCAAUUGGUGGAAAGAAACAGGGAGGGACGGAUCUUCUUGGCCGAUCUUUCGGCUUACAUGUUGGAAAAAAGAAAAGACGAAUGGAAAAAAUUGUAAUCCACAAAUCGACCAUUGCCUAGUACCUCCACGAUAAGGUUAUAGUUAAAAUGAGCUCCCAGCAAUUCCCCCGACACGGGCUGCCUGCUUCCGGCGGGGGAGCCCCUCAGAUCCCUGCGGCUGGAAACCUGGUGUCCAUCAAUCAGCAGUCAAAUGCAGCAGCAGGUCCAGAUGCUGACAGCAGUCGGGAUGCUGAUAGACAGCAGGAUCAUCCACCUGCUGGGGGCGGGGGGGCCUUGGCGUUUAGAGAUGAGAAGCAGGAGACCAUGGUGGUCAGACCCUACCCACAAGUACAGACACACGGCCAGCCACAAGCUGCCCCCCAAACUAUGUCCAUCCAGCCUGGCACUCCUGUGACUGCGCCUGCCCCCCCUGUGCACCUCCCUCAGGGCCAGCCUGCAGUCCUCACAGAGGGGCAGAUGAAGGCUGUCCUGAAAUCACCAAUGCCAAGUCGUCUUAUUGCCCCAGCACCAGCUUCAAACCAGGGUCAUAUCCCCAUCCCCCCCAAAGUGCCUGGUCAUUUAACUGUCACCAUGGAAAGCGGUAUGCCUCCAUCCCAAUCUAUUCCUGUGGCAACUAUCAGCGGUCAGCAGGGUCACCCUAGCAACUUACACCACCUGAUGCCAGCAAGCAUUCAAAUCAUACGGGGCAGUGCCCCUGCUCUGCAGAUCGGGACCCCUUCAGUCCCCCCCCAGACGUUCACAUCCCAUUUACCCCGAGGGGCUGCUGCAGCAGCUGUUAUGUCCAGUUCCAAAACAGUCCUGCGGCCGGCCACAGGAGCCAGCGCGGGCCCCGGGCCCACAGUGCAACACAUCAUACACCAGACUAUUCAGUCCCGCCCUGCUGUCACCACAUCUACAGCUGUGCUUCCAACUGUGGUGGCCCCCAUUUCAGCUACCAGAACCCAGUCACCGGUCAUCAGCGCGACAGUCACACACUCCGCAGAGGUGGCCCAUGGGCGUCCAGGGCUGUCCAUUCACCCCCCUCCCCCCACGGUCAGCAUUCAGAGGUCUCAGGCAUCCCGGGACAACGCCACACGGAUCACGCUGCCGUCUCACCCGGCCAUUGGAUCUCAAAAGCCUCAGCCUCCGCACAUGACACAGAAGCCCAUGUUCAGUCCUGUGACACCGGUAGCUGCAGCUACUGUGGCUCCAAUAGUUGCCACUAACACUGUGCCAUCAACAACCACAAUAGGCUCUGUUCCGCAUUCACAAAUGAACAGUAACACUAUUGUCACCAUGACGAUGGCAUCGCACUCCUCUCAUGCUACAGCUGUGACCACCUCGGCCAUCCCUGUUGCUAAAGUGGUCCCUCAGCCCAUCGCCCACUCUUCAUCUCGUGUGCAGCCCGACUACCCCGGAGACAGAGCCAACCUCAUCCCCAUCCCUGGCCAUCGGCCGUCUCCUAACCCCGUCACCAUGGAGGCCAGAAGUGACAUCAGGCCGCCUGUGCCCGUGCAGUUCCAGUAUUUCCUACCGGCAUACUCCUCUUCGUACCCUCUGGCACACACCUACACGCCCAUCAGCAGCUCUGUUUCUACCAUCCGCCAGUACCCUGUUACCCCUCAAGCUCCUAGUUCAGCACUGCCUACCCAGGCUGGAGUAGGCGUGGCGACUACCGUCCAUCUGAACCACAUGCAGCUGAUGGCAGUGGAUCGCAUCGGUCUCCCAUCCGCACAAAUCGGCACCCAAGGGAUCCAGCCAGCACCAAUCACUGCACAGGGCAUUCAGCCUACACCUAUAGGAGUCCAGGGCCUGCACACGUCCACCCCCAUCGGCACGCAGGGACUACAGCAGGGCCCCAUGGUCACUCAGCAACAGCAAGCACAGUCUGAAGCAAAACCUGGGGUUGUUUUGGCCGAUGGCUUUGUAGCCAGCCCCAUCAGCAGCACAUUCAGCUCCACCCAGCCAGUUGCCACCAUGGUGCAGGCACACGCCCAGGCAGGGGUAGGAGGAGCCCCCACCCUGGUCUCCUCCCCGAGACCCAGCAUCCUCCGCAAGAAGCCCACUAAUGAAGGGUGUGUUCGUAAGAACCUGAUCCCCGCCCAGUCCAGUGACCCAAGUGGAGGCAGAAUGGAGAGUGGUGUGAGGGGAGCAGGAUCUCCCCGACCUGCAGGGUUGAAAGCCAAAGGUGAGGUUCACAUGGGGGUGGCCCCCCCUGUCAUGGCUACAGUAGAGGCCCUGUCUUCCCAGGGAGGAGAGCAGCAUGCUCUGUCCUCCAACGCUCAGCACCUGGCCCAAGCUAUCCCCACCCUGCUGGCCCAGCCGGGGCCCGCCCCCCCCCUGCAGCCCUCCACUGUGCUCUCAGCGCUGCCGGCAGCCAUGGCUGUGACCCCCCCCGUCGCAGCUUCAAUGGCCAACACUGUGGCCUCCCCCACCCAGCCUGCGGCCAGCAGCACUGCAGCCUGUGCUGCUAGCUCCACCUGCCCAGACCUAAAAAUCAAGCAGGAGAUGGAGAGCAUGGACACCUCGCAGCCAGAUCCCAAUGCAAACUUGUCAUCAGCCCCUGGCCUCACCCAGGCCUCCUCCCUCAGUGCUCCUGCCUCCGCUGAUCUGAUCCCUGGAGCCUCCCCCAGGAAAAAGCCCCGCAAGCAGCAGCAUGUCAUCUCCACGGAGGAGAGCGAGAUGGUGGAGACCAACAGCACCGACGAGGAGAAGGCUCCCGGCAGGCCCAUCACCGGCCGGGCGGAGCGGCGCGAGUCUCCUCCCAGAGAAUAUGUUGAUGAGGAAGGAGUGCGUUAUGUUCCAGUGAAGCCCCGCCCUCCUGUCACUCUGCUGCGGCACUACAGGAACCCCUGGAAAGCUGCCUACCACCACUUCCAGAGGUACAGCGACAUCCGUGUCAAAGAAGAGAAGAAGGGCAGCCUGCAGGAUAUGGCCAACCAGAGAGGAGUGACAUGCCGAGCACAAGGCUGGAAAAUCCACCUGUGUGCUGCACAGCUCAGGCAGCUGGUGGAUCGAGUUUGGGAGCAUGAUGUGUACAGCCGCCUCUCCACCGCUGCAGGAGGGCCUGAUCCCACAAAGAAGAGGGCGGGCUCUGAUGAUGAUCUGCACCGGAUCAACGAGCUCAUACCAGGGUUGUUGCAGCGCUGUAAGCUGGUGAUGGACCAGGUUGACCGAGGCCAGAGACACCAUGAUGGAAGGUUCUGGACCCACAAGGAGAAAGUGCUGAAGCUGCUCAACAAGAACGGUGCGGCGAAGAAGUCCUCCAAACUGAAGCGCAAAGAGCGGGCGGUAAGCUUGGACCCUCUCCUCUGUCCACAACCAUCAGCACCCCCCAUCUCUGAAGGGGGGGUGGCCUAACAAUUUGGUGCUAUGAUUUGCUGCAUACAAUCGCACGCAGCCUCCGAUCUGCCUGAGCAGACAGUGACAGGAGGGCGGGAGGAAGCAGACGAGCGCCAUCAACAACUGGUUCUCAUUCAAGCUCCACACACAUGUUGAUUGGGGAAGCAUUGUAGGCUACAUUAGAGUGGCCAACUGGUCCUUUUUUAUUUUGUUAAAUAUUGAAGACCCCCAGAGACCAUUUUUACUAACCUAAUUCCUGCCUCUCCUUUAAGACAAUGUCAGAACAGGCACACCGUGUGUCUUUUAAUAUAUGUCACUUAAUGGAGUUGCGGUUUAAAAACAAACAAAUUAAAAAGUGAUGUAAGUAUUUCAGUUAGAGGACCAGCUGAGAGUUAUUGAAUGGGUCAAAUCAUUUGGAAAGGAGUCCUCUCAUUAGCUGUGUAUACAGACUAAUCUCACACAUGCUCUUUUCAUUAAACUGUGCCUUCAUUUAGUCAGCUUUCACUGCUUCGCCUAUUCUCUGAAAAUAGGUUAGUUCAUAUACUGUGGGUAAACACACUUGAGAUUUAAAAAGUACUAGAUGUGGCAAAUUGAAUUGAUUUAAUGUCCAAAAAAUGCUGUUAUAGGUUCAAAGAACAAAAGAGUCCUAUUAUGAUUAUCUGAAUGCUAAAACACAAUGCCAACUUAACUUCACAUUUUAAACGGCCAUGAAUCUACUAAGUGGUAAAAACUAUAUUUUUGAUUUGGUGUCAGAGUGAAGUGCUUGAAAGAGAGUGAGUAUCCUCGUGUGAUCAUACUGGUGGAUUGAGUUUAUGUAAAUCACUGUAAAUGUGCUUUUGGUUCUUCAUUGACAUCUUUUCAAAUUUUGUACUGAAUAAGCAUUUUGUGCAGUGUGGCGUGUGCCGCUUCAUUUUGUGUAACGAUAAUGACGUUAUGAGAUGAAGCACCCUGAAACAUCCAGCUAUUGUACAUUGUUUUUGUCUGUGUAAUUAUAGUAAAGAUACUUAAACAAUAUGAAAA